CUGACGGUUCCGUAUUCAGCUUCCUCAUCCCUAUAUUUUGUUUCCGGGAUAAAAUCGUUCUAUAUUUUUUUUUUAUUGUCUUUUAAGCUUAUUCUUUCAAAAAUAUUCUCUACCUAUUUAAUUUAUUCUUUCAAAUUUAUUUACUCCCUUUAUUUGAUAAUUUGUGCUUGUAUUACUCCACUGUCACACUUGUUAUUUUCUUCUCGAGCUAAUUAAUCAGUGCCACAUUUUAUUUUGCUCUUGAAAUAGGGUGUAAUGUUUUUCUUCGCAAAGUACAAUAAUUACUCUUAAAAUCGUUUACAAGUUCUUUUAGCUAAGUUGUAAUGGAUUUUCAAGCUUCUGGAAGUUUUGGCACCGUACGUCGUACCUAUUUUUGAUUUUGUUAAUUGAUAUAAAAGUUGAAAUAUAACUCAGAAGGUUCUUCUUCCUUUUAUUUGCAUUCUUUCGAUAUAAGACUUGUUUAAUUAUCUCAAUCAUCCUCGGGUUUUUUUAGUGGAUAUUGAUCUUUUGGAAACUGUAUGUUUUAUAUUCAUUGCCCAUUCUGAUAUGACUUUAUCUGUGUAUUGGGGUUGUGAUUGCUUUUGCCCUUUCUAGCUGCCAUUUUUACCAAUAAUGGAGUAGUUUUUUAAUUUCUUCAAGUGUAGUAUCAAUUCUUUUUUUUUUAGCGCAUAAGAUAAGCUUUCGUUAUUAGCAUAUAAUUGCUCACUUGGAAGAACAUGCAAAGAAUUUUAGAGGGACAUCUGGUCUUAUUCUAUAAAAAAUGGCCUUUGGGGGAAAAUUGGUUAUAAUACAGUGGUGAAAAAAAAAUUGCCUUUGGGCUUGUUGAACUAGGACAAAAUGGCAGGGGUUCAUGUUUCACUAGAUAAGAUACUUUUCAUUUCACAAAAUAGGAUUAUUAUUGUUAUUCUUGAAAGUUCAAAAGCUCUGAGCUAAACUUUACUGUUGCUCUUCUUUUAUUAGUAGGAGUAUAUAUUAUGAUGGAGAUUAAGAGAAUGCAGAUAGAGCACAAACAAUCCACGUCGUCUUUCCUAACACUUUUAGUUUACAGCGGAUAAUUCGGUUCCAGAUAACCAUGUUGCUAUUAAUUAUCUCCACGCAGAUUUUUUGGAUAUGUUGUAUGGAGAAGUUGUUCGUUUGAAAUCGUUCACUAUCCCUCCACCUCCAGAUUUGGAAUUAAGCACACUUGGGCUCGAAGUUGAAGACACCGGAGGAAGACGUGUCACGGCUUCUCAUCAAGAUAUUGCAAAAAGUUUCAUCGGGAAAUUCAAGGGACAAAUAUUUUGUAAGAAACAAUUACUGUUCUUCGACCACAACGGUGUAAUGAUACAUAUGAGAGUGUCAUUUGUCACUCCACGAGCUGGCGAAGGUGGUAGAGGAAAACUUUCGAAGAAGACAGAGAUACACUUCUUCGAGUCAGAUGCAUUUGAGGUGCGCAAAAUAGUGAAUUAGAGGCAACACCAAUAUUAUCUUAUUACAUGUUGCCUUAGAAUUAAAAGCACUUGAGAUUUUAUCUCUCUUUCUUGGUUGUAUGUGCACUCAUGCGGAUGACUGCU